UCAUGAUCCAUCACGCUUGCUGUACUGGUGAUGUAUGCAAAAUUUAGCGCGAGUUUUGAUAAAAAUGAGAACCAAGCAACUGUUUGACGUAUACUGUAGCUUUUUGGUUAUAUUAAGCCUUCAAUGACAACACAGUGGAAGUGCGGUGUUUAAACUGAGCAGGGCGACUAUGUGAGGUUCCAAACAUUUACUUAUAGGAAAAGCAGCAAGAAUGAGAAGGAGUCUGGCUCCUAGUCAGCUGGCAAAACGCAAACCAGCCGAAAUGGCCUGCGGUGACCGCGAGCAAACAGGAAACACUGAGAAAAGAAGAAAAGUGGAUGGGAUAAAGGAGAGCCACAUUUCUCCUUACAGAAAGCCUCUGAUAAAACCUAACCACUGGACUGCAUGCAUGGAAGCUAACAAACAUGAGGCAUUUAUUCGGAAUAUUCUCUCCAAGCCUUUUAAAAUUCCUAUUCCCAAUUACACAGGCUCACUGGGAAGCAAAGCACUUGGUAUAAAGCAUGCAGGAGUAAGGAAAUCGCUCCAUGAUCCCUUUGCAGAAGAUGCUUUGGUACUUUAUGAGCCCCCAACUCUAAGUCCUCAUGAACUGAUCAAAGCUGACAAAGAAAAGCUUCCAGUUCAUGUUGUUGUGGAUCCAGUAUUGGGAAAGGUACUCAGACCCCAUCAGAGAGAGGGAGUGAAGUUCCUGUGGGAGUGUGUGACUGGCAGAUGCAUCCCUGGAUCGUACGGCUGCAUCAUGGCUGAUGAGAUGGGCCUGGGAAAGACUUUACAGUGUAUCACUCUCAUAUGGACCUUGCUACGUCAAAGCUCUGAUGCUAAGUCAGAAAUAGACAAGGCCAUUGUGGUUUCACCUUCUAGUCUGGUUCGAAACUGGUACAAUGAAAUAGGAAAGUGGCUUGGAGGACGCAUUUCACCUGUGGCAAUCGAUGGGGGCUCAAAGGAGGAGAUUGACAGGCAGCUAGUGAACUUCAUCUCUCAGCAUGGUUUGAAAGUGCCAACACCAAUCCUGAUCAUUUCGUAUGAGACAUUUCGACUUCAUGCUGACAUCCUUCACAGGGGCAAAGUCGGGCUUGUGAUCUGUGACGAGGGCCAUCGACUGAAGAAUGCUGACAACCAGACGUAUCAAGCUCUGAAUGCUAUGAAUGCCCAACGGAGAGUGCUGAUAUCAGGCACUCCAAUCCAAAAUGACCUCCUUGAGUAUUUUAGUCUGAUUCAUUUUGUGAAUGCUGGAAUCCUUGGUACUGCCCAGGAAUUUAAAAAGCGAUUUGAGCUUCCCAUCUUGAAGGGUAGGGAUGCAGAUGCCUGUAACAGAGACAGACUGGAAGGAGAAGAGAAACUCAAGGAGCUCAUCAGCAUUGUCAAUAGAUGUUUGAUUAGGAGAACAUCUGAUAUCCUGUCAAAGUAUCUUCCAGUGAAAAUUGAGCAAGUUGUGUGCUGCAGGCUAACUCCUCUGCAGAUAGAACUCUACAGGCGCUUUCUGAAGCAGGUCAAACCCACAGAGACAUUACAAGAAGGCAGAAUCAGUAUUUCCUCGUUGUCUUCCAUCACAUUACUCAAGAAACUAUGCAAUCACCCAGCUCUCAUUUAUGAGAAGUGUGUGGAAGAAGAGAAGGGCUUUGAGGGCACGCUGGAUCUAUUUCCUCCUGGUUACUGCACUACAGCACUCGAACCUCAGCUGUCCGGUAAAAUGCUGGUUCUUGACUACAUUCUUGCGGUGACGAGAUCUACAACUAGUGACAAGGUGGUGCUGGUCUCCAACUAUACACAAACACUGGACCUCUUCGAAAAGUUGUGCAGAUUUAGAAGAUACCUCUAUGUUAGACUGGAUGGCACAAUGUCUAUCAAGAAAAGGGCUAAGAUCGUGGAAACAUUCAACAGUCCACAAAACCCUCAAUUUAUUUUCAUGCUGAGCAGCAAGGCGGGUGGAUGUGGCCUUAAUCUGAUUGGUGCAAAUCGCUUGGUUAUGUUUGAUCCCGACUGGAACCCAGCCAAUGAUGAGCAGGCAAUGGCUCGUGUGUGGAGAGAUGGCCAGAAGAAGACCUGCUACAUCUACAGACUGAUCUCUACAGGAACCAUUGAAGAGAAGAUCCUGCAGAGACAAGCCCAUAAAAAAGCCCUGAGCAGCUGUGUGGUGGAUAAGGAGCAGGAUGUAGAGCGUCACUUUUCUCUGGGCCAACUUAGAGAAUUAUUUACACUCAAUGAAGAGACUGCCAGUGACACACAUGACAAGUUUCACUGCCGUCGCUGUGUAAAUGGCAGGGAGGUUUGGCCGCCACCACAAGGUACUGACUGUACCAGUGACCUUUCCCAGUGGAACCACUGCUUUGACAAGAAAGGACUGAAGGACCAAGUGUUGAGAGCUUCCUGGGACGGUGCCGUCUCCUUUGUCUUUCAUCAGCGCUCUCAUGAGGAUCAGAAGGGCGUCGUGUAAAAAGGAAUCUAAUUGACUCUACUUUAAACCUACUGUAGACACUUAUAUUUAUUGGGUUCUAAGUUCUGACUGCUUCUUUUUUCUGCAUGUUUAAUUAAAAGUUAAGAAAAUGAA